AUGAAGCAAUACUUUGCCAACACACGGUGUAUAAUUGAUUGUUUAGAAAUCAAAGUAGCUGUUCCAACAUCACUGAGGCUGCAUAAAAUGUUAUAUUCUGAUUAUAAAAGUCACACGACAGUUAAAAUCUUAGUUGGGAUAGCACCGGGUGGAGGCUACACAUUCAUCUCCUCUGCAUACCCAGGUAGCAUUUCGGACAAAAACAUUGUUGUUAAAAGUGGAUUUUUGAGACCCGAGUUGUGGCAAGAAGGAGACGCUGUUAUGGCCGACAGAGGAUUCACUAUUGCAGAAUGUUUGAAACCAAUGAACGUGGAGUUGAUCAUGUCCUCUCUUUUACAAGGACGUGAACAGUUUACAGAACUUGAAUUGGUAAAAGGUCAACAAAUUGCUCGUGAACGAAUUCAUGUUGAACGAAUGAUACAGCGCUUAAAGUGUUAUCACAUAUUUGACCGUGUAAUACCAUUUGACAUGGCUGGUUCUUUAAAACAAAUCAUAACUGUAGCACCAUGA